UGUGAGUGGGUUGGGAUUCUGCGCUUUUGCAGGCCCAGCCGCACACUCUGUCCGGCUACUGCAUUGGCCUACGAGGCUGCUGUUUAGAGAGCGCUGAAACCGAGGCGGGAAGAAGGCGUGGAUGAGCCAGAGAAGUGGCGGAGGAUAAGUCAAAUUUGUGAGAUGGCUCUCAGCAAAUCAAUGCAUGCAAGAAAUAGAUACAAGGACAAGCCACCUGACUUCGCAUAUCUGGCAUCUAAAUAUCCAGAUUUCAAGCAGCAUAUUCAGAUAAAUUUGAAUGGGAGAGUAAGUCUUAAUUUCAAAGACCCUGAAGCAGUCAGAGCUCUGACUUGUACUCUCCUGAGAGAAGACUUUGGACUUUCUAUUGAUAUUCCUUUGGAGAGACUAAUUCCCACAGUCCCCUUGAGACUUAACUAUAUUCACUGGGUAGAAGAUCUGAUUGGUCACCAGGAUUCCGACAAAACUACUCUCCGAAGAGGAAUUGACAUAGGUACCGGGGCGUCCUGCAUCUACCCGUUACUUGGAGCAACCUUAAAUGGCUGGUAUUUUCUGGCAACAGAAGUGGAUGAUAUGUGCUUCAAUUAUGCCAAGAAAAAUGUAGAGCAGAAUAACCUAUCUGAUCUCAUUAAAGUGGUGAAGGUGCCGCAGAAGACACUCCUGAUGGAUGCGCUUAAGGAAGAGUCUGAGAUAGUCUAUGACUUCUGUAUGUGCAACCCUCCCUUUUUUGCCAACCAGUUGGAGGCCAAGGGUGUAAACUCUCGGAAUUCUCGAAGACCUCCACCUAGUUCUGUAAAUACAGGAGGCAUCACCGAGAUCAUGGCAGAGGGAGGUGAGCUAGAAUUUGUCAAAAGGAUCAUCCAUGACAGCUUACAACUUAAAAAAAGAUUAAGGUGGUAUAGCUGUAUGCUGGGAAAGAAAUGCAGUCUAGCUCCACUGAAGGAAGAGCUUAGAAUCCAAGGGGUUCCUAAAGUCACCUUCACGGAGUUUUGUCAGGGUCGGACAAUGAGAUGGGCCUUAGCUUGGAGUUUUUAUGAUGAUGUCACAGUACCGUCACCUCCAAGUAAACGAAGAAAAUUAGAAAAGCCAAGGAAACCCAUUACUUUUGUAGUGUUGGAGUCUGUGAUGAAAGAAUUAUCCCUCAAAGCCUCGUCUCUGGGCUCUGAGACAGCAGAAGGCAUAGUGGUUGUAACAACAUGGAUAGAAAAAAUCCUCACUGAUCUGAAGGUGCAACAUAAGCGAAUUCCCUGUGGAAGAGAAGAAGUUAGCCUUUUCCUGACAGCCAUAGAAAACUCUUGGAUUCACUUAAGGCGGAAGAGAAGAGAGCGAGUGAGGCAGUUGAGGGAGGUGCCUCGGGCUCCUGAGGAUGUCAUCUUAGCCUUGGAAGAGAGAAAGUCCACUCCCAAAGAGCUGAGUAGUGGCCAAGAUGUGGCUCAUUGCCCUCAAGAGAGUGCCUUGUGUGGGCCUGAUGUGCCAGAGGGCGAGUCUGCUGCGGUUGGUGGCCAUUGCCUCAGCCAGAAGUUACUGUGCCAGGAAGAAACUCCAGAAGCCAUGGAGGAUGAAAGGGAUGAGGAAAGGGUGGGGAUGGAGGUCAUGGGAAGUUGUAAAGGCUCCAGCAAUGGAGCCCAGGACGGAGAGGCUUCUGAGAAGGGGGAUCACCUGGAUGGAGCAGCUGGACACUACCUUUUUAAGUGUUUAAUCAACAUUAAGAAGGAAGUAGAUGAUGCCUUAGUUGAAAUGCAUUGGGUUGAGGGCCAGAAUAGGGACUUGAUGAACCAGCUUUGCACCUACAUUCGUAACCAAAUUUUGAGGCUUGUUGCUAGUUAAUUCUUAAUUUCUUCUACAGUUAGAAAAAUGUCUGUAUGGGGUUAGAGAGAUGGUGCAAUGGCCUUAUGUGCUUAGUAUCCAGAAGUUACCUUGUGUUGAGUCCCUUCCACCUAACAUCAUACAAGGAAAAAACAGUAUAAAAUUGCUUGCUUUGGAGGUAGAGCCUAUUGGGAGGCCAGAAGAAUUUCACCGCUGGUGCAUUAAUGACACCAUGUGAAAUUGUCUUACAGAGCACAUAUUUAGUUGGCAUCACCAACACCUGCAGGAAGAUUGCUAUGGUUGUAAGGUCAGUCUAUGCUACAGAGACAAACACUUAUCUAAAUAAAAAGAAGAAAAAAAGGAAAGCAGAAGUGAAUCCAUUUUUAACCCUUCCCCUCUUAAAAGUUAUCUGGAGUUACAUGUAUAGUACAGGGGCUCAGGAGGAAUUGCAGCAGCAGAUAACCUAGGAGAAGCUUAGCUCUUACUCCAGCAGUUCAUCUCAGCCAAAGGCCAGAGGAGCUCAGGUGGCAUCUUCUGUGGGUCAGUGUUCUAUGGGUCAGUGUUGCCUAGAACAUGUCUGACCCUAAGGGUUGCUGGUGAAGAAGGGUAGCAGUGUUUUUGUGCAGGCAGUACAGCAGAGCAGAGACCUGGGAAUGCUCAUAGUUGCCUUCAAGACACCUGCUUUCUCAAGGAACCAGAAUUGAUCGAGCUGGUCCCCAGAAAGGAGCUAGCCUGGUGAUAGGUGGCCAGAGUGUCAGGGAGAGACAUCUUAGUCAAGCCAAGGAAAGGUCUGUCUGGGGAACACACCGGAAGCUGCAUGUUCAUUGCUCACUGCUAUUCUGACAUUGCCUAUUUCAGAAGAAGAAAUGAGUAAGCAAAACUCUGAGAUGUAGAUGAGGCGCAACAAAAUGUGCCCUCCAGCCCACCGAGAGCAUCGCUUUGUAACAGUUGUACUGCUUUUGUUAAAAUGUGAAAUGGAAUGUUUUGUUUUUUAAUAUAAGACUUAAUAAUUGAAAACUA